CAAAGUCUGUUUUUGAAUGUUGAUCCCCAUAAUUACAAUGAUUAGCUUAAGCAAAAGCUAAUUACGCCACUAAACCCCCCUUCCCAUUUUUCCUGCUUGUUUGUCCGUUUGUUAUCAACUUUCAGCGUCACUCAGAACUGAGAACAAAAUUUCAUUCAAAUUCCUUCCAUUUUCAUACCAUUUAUUUUUCUUCUCAAAUUCACAUAAAAACAUUCUUCCUUUUUCCUGCUAUAGACAUUUUCUGCAGCCGUGUGGACUCAAUUUUGAUUUUCUGUUCAAUUAUCCAUUUUCCAUUUUCCUUCUCUCUCUCUUUCUCCCUGACACCAAAUACCUCUCUUUGAAUCCAAGUCUUCCUUAUUUGUGGAACUUCAUUCUCAUUUUCCAGUAGCCUUUGCUUUCAUCGGUUGUUACUGAUUUUGAUUCAAGAUUUGCUAUCAAGCUUACUCUCUUUAGUUUCUUUAAUUCCUCACAUUUUCACUGCAAAAAAAGAUAGAAUCUUCGCUUUCUUAUUCUGGGUUCGUUUCUCAUUCUUUAUAUUCCUCUUUCACUUCUUUCAUAAACCCACUUCUUCAUCUGCUUUUAGCUUCUUUUUUGGCACUUUUUCUAAUCUUUUUCUUCUUCCUCCCCUUAUUUACUUGAUAUUUUGGGUUUCUUGAAAUUUUUUGCUGUUGUUAUAGAUGGGUUCGUCAAGUUCUUGAAUGUGGUGGGGCUGUGUGUGCGAUGCGUGGUAGAAAGAUGAUAUCCUUACCUUCAAUUCAAGCUCUUUUGCUCGGUUUAGGACUCUUCUUCGCAGAUUGCUUCGCAUUUCCCAUAAAUGAAGUUGAAGCGUUAACUUCUUUCAAGAGAGCUAUUUUUGAGGACCCUUUGCUGGUAUUGUCAAAUUGGAAUCCUCUGGUUUCAGAUCCUUGUUAUUGGUCUGGCGUUUAUUGCUCGAUAGCCGGAGAUCAUGUCGUAAAGAUUAAUAUAUCUGAGGCAUCUAUAAAAGGGUUUCUUGCACCAGAGUUUCACAAGCUUUCUGCCCUGCAAGAGUUAAUUUUGCAUGGGAAUCUGUUGAUUGGUACAAUACCUAAGGAGAUUGGCUUGUUGACGAACCUCAAGGUAUUGGAUUUGGGGUCAAAUCAGCUGACAGGUUCAAUUCCACACGAGAUUGGAAACUUAACCGGCAUCCAAAAAAUAAACCUUCAGUCCAAUGUGUUGACUGGAAAAUUGCCUUACGAACUCGGUACCCUGAGGUACCUUGAGGAACUUCGGCUUGAUAGGAACAAGUUUCUCGGAACUAUCCCUGCUGCUAAUGGCUCUGAUUUUUCGGCCGUUAAGCAUGGAAUGUAUGCUUCAAAUGCCAGCCAAUUGGGGUUUUGCGGAGCCUCCCAAUUAAGAGUGGUUGACUUAUCACACAACUUUUUGGUUGGAAAUGUACCCGGAUGCUUGGACUAUCUACCUAGAUCAAGUUUUCUGGGAAAUUGCCUUCAAGAUAAAGAUCCCAAGCAGCGUCCCGCUACACAAUGUGGUGCUGCUUCGCCCAAUAAAACCCAUGCAGGAAUUAACACGAAGCACAGGUCUAUUGAAGAUAGGGCGUCAAGACAUCCAUCGAAAAACUCAAAACCAGUGUGGAUCUUGGUUCUUGAAAUAGUGACGGGAUUCAUGAUUGGUUUGCUCUUUGUUGUUGCUAUUUUUACUAUUGCUCACAAGUGGAAGAGAAGACCUUCAAUCAUUAUUCCAUGGAAAAAGUCUUCGAGUACAAAAGAUUACAUGACCAUGUACAUAGAUUCUGAAGCGAUGAAGGAUGUCGUGAGAUAUAGCCGAGAAGAACUCGAGUUAGCCUGUGAAGAUUUCAGCAACAUCAUCGGUUCGUCUCCAGAUAGUGUGGUUUACAAAGGCACUAUGAAAGGUGGCCCUGAGAUUGCAGUGAUAUCUUUUUGUAUCAAAGAAGAUCAAUGGACAGGUUACCUGGAACUUUACUUUCAAAAAGAGGUGGCUGAUUUAGCUAGAUUAAAUCAUCAAAACACUGGGAAACUACUUGGCUAUUGCAGAGAAAGCAGUCCAUUUACGAGGAUGCUGGUGUUCGAGUAUGCAUCUAACGGGACACUUCACGAACACCUUCACUAUGGAGAAGGAUGCCAGUUUUCUUGGACACGGCGCAUGAAAAUUAUCAUUGGCAUUGCUCGGGGGUUGAAAUAUCUCCACACGCAACUUGAUCCUCCGUUUACUAUAUCGGAGUUAAACUCAAGUUCGGUCUAUCUGACCGACGACUUCUCCCCUAAGCUUGUUGAUUUUGAAUGCUGGAAGACAAUCAUCUCCAGAUCGGAGAAGAGCUCAGGCACGAUAAGUAAUGAAGGCGCGGUUUGCAUCCUUCCGAGCUCUUUGGAAGGGCGUCAUCUAGAUAUCCAGGGUAACAUCUAUGCGUUCGGGAUUCUCUUACUCGAAAUUGUGAGCGGCAGGCCUCCAUAUUGCAAAGAGAAAGGCUACUUAGUCGAUUGGGCGAAGGAGUUCCUAGAAUUCCCGGAUGUGAUGUCGUACGUAGUUGAUCGUGAGCUGAAGCAUUUCAGAUACGAGGACCUCAAAGUGAUAUGUGAGGUGGUGAACCUGUGCAUCCAUCCCAACUCCAGCCGGAGGGCGACCAUGCGGGAGUUGUGCUCGACAUUGGAGAACGGGAUCGACACAUCCAUAUCAGCGGAGAUGAAGGCGUCCUCGCUGGCCUGGGCUGAGCUCGCCCUCGCCUCAUGACGGACCCGGACCUAACCCCUGUACAUGCCCGAUACUCGAUUUCUAACCUUUGCUGAUUGAUAUCGUUGCGUGACUUGGUUGGUGUCGUUAUCCUCCGACGACGUGUAUGAGAGUUGUUGGAAGAUCGUAGGUUACGGCGUCAUACGUGGCUUAGAAGCUCUAAUUCUUUGUAUAUUUGAGCCCUCGCAUGAGAGGCCAUUAAAGUUGUGGAUCAAGGUCUACUUCCGUCAGCAUUGGAGAUUUAGGUUUGAUAGAGGCUAACAUAUUAUCACAAUAAUUGUGUUAUGCAUCAUGCCUAUAACCAGAUAUAUAGCCGAGUUACUGUUGGAUGUGAAUGCAUAUGAAUUUGUUACACCAGAUAAAUGAUGCAAAAAGAAAUAAAAAUGAGAGUGACUGAUGCAGCCAA